GUCGCCAUGCCUGCCACCACCUUCACCGGCAUCCGCGGCCUCCAGUUCCGCGGCCUCCUGGACUCGCUCGCCGCCGCCCACCUCGAGGCCUCCGAGUGCUGCCUGGUGCACGCCGACAACCCAGGCUCGCGCACCAAGGGCGUCUUUGUCAACCCGACCGUGCGAGUCGGGUAUAGCAGGGCGGCGUACGACGCCGUGCAUGCUCCGGAGAACAGAGGAGGAGGAGGAGGUAGUUGGCUGACGCUGGGGGAAGUGUAUUUUGGGUUGUGGAGGAAUCGGAUUGCGCGGUGGCUUACCACGCCGUGGUUUGAGGAGUGGGAAGUGAGACGGAGGAUAGAAAGAUGGGAAGAGGGUGGGGAGGGGAGGAGGGAGAAGGGCGGGUUUUGUGUGGUGGAUGAGAUGCAGAUUGUGGUGCAUAAUGGGUGGAAGCAUUUGUGAUGGGGAUAUGGUUUGAUACAUAGAGUUUUGGGAAUAGUUAGCCCAUGUUGUCUUGAACUUUAGAUAUGAAAUACCC